UUCAGGAAGUAAGAAAUGCAGCCAGACUGGUCAUGGCGAACUCAAGAUUGAUUCAGCGCUCUCUUCGAGCUGCAUACUACCGAGGUGGCACAUCGCGAGCUGUUAUACUCCAACCGCAGCAUUUGCCAGCGAACCGUAAAAAAUGGCCUACCAUAUUCCGACAGUUGAUGGGCUCAGGAGAUCCGUACGGAAGACAGUUGGAUGGCAUGGGAGCUGGCAUCUCAAGCUUGAGCAAAAUAUGUCUAGUCGAACCGUAUCGAACUAACAACACUCGGAAUAAAGACUCCUCGAACAGUCCUGCUCACGUAGACUACACUUUCGUCGGUCUAGGAAUUGAAAACAACGAAGUCGACACAUUCGGCAACUGUGGUAACAUGAGCAGUGCGAUUGGACCAUAUGCUUUCAACGCCGGUCUCCUCCCUGCACAUCUUCUCAACACCACAUCCGGAGAUAUCACCAUCACGAUCCGCAACACAAACACCAACAAACUAAUCGACUCCACAUUCUCCAUCAUCGACGGCCAAGCAGCCGUAGCCGGAGACUACUCCAUCGACGGCGUCUCUACCCCAGGCUCCAAAAUCAAGCUCGCCUUCAAACACCCGUACGGAAGCAAAACAGGCAAAGUCCUCCCCACAGGCAACAAAACAGAUAUACUCCUCAAUCACACAGUAUCAUGUAUCGACGGGCCAAACCCAGCCAUCUUCAUCCACGCGGCGGACCUCGGCAUCGACGGCGCCAUCCUACCCAACGCCUUCGCGAAACUGACCGACCAACUACACCUCCUCGAGCAGAUCCGCGCAAAAGCCGCAGUAGCCAUGGGUCUCGUAGCAACAGAAUCCAGCGUCGCCCGCACGAUCCCGAAAAUCGGCCUCGUGUCCGCGAGCACCACGCACAAAGUUCUAUCGGGCGCUACACUACCGUCGUCGGAGACCGAUCUCGUGGUGCGCUUCCUGUCGGAUACCCAGCCCCACCGCGCGGUCCCUCUCACGGCGGCCCUUACCACCGCCAUAGCGGCGCGGAUUCCUGGAUCCGUUGUUCAUGAGUUGUUGGCGCCGACUCCGGUCGUCGAGGGUGCGAUUACGAUUGGGCAUGCGAGUGGGAGGGUGCAAGUCGAUGCCGUUAUGCACCGUGAGGAUCCCGUGCUUCCGCUUUCGGCGAGUGUGUAUCGGACGGCGAAACGCUUGUUUGAGGGGGACAUGUAUUGGGUUGAUUCGGAGAGGAGUGGUGGUGGUGUUGCGGGGGAGGGUGGGGGGUGCGAAGGGAGUGGAGAGUCGCUUGGGAUGGCUUUUGUGGAGGAUUGCCGGAGGGAUGGCGCGGGGUCUGGUUUCCCGUUUUGAUAGUUGGAGAUAUACAGUCUACAUACCUAGGUUAACGCAUACGUAGAUGAUGAAUAGCAAGAGAGAAUAGCACGAAUCCAUUUCCCGAGUUCGGAGGUUCCGUGCUGCCGCCACAGCAUGGAGGUUUCCAGGCUUCUCCGGCAGACACAGCACAACUAGCGUUGAUUGUAUCGUACCCCACAUGUAAUCCGUAGUCUCAGAAUCACCGUGAGGUAAAUUCACGUUGUUGAAGUAAUCCAACACGGAUGCCAUGGCAUUGUACUCUUUCGGAAGAGCGCACAUGAGCCACUGUGAAGUCUUCAUUACCAAGGACCGGCAUGUUCAAAUUCGCCAUGUUUUCCUCUCUCGCACUUUCAACAGUCAGUCCAGAGUUUGUGGUGGUCGUAUUCCGCCUCUGUACCCUCGAUCGAGUACUAGAAUCGUGGUACCUUUCGCUUCUUCGGGCCUCCGUUGGAUUGUCACGAAACUGUUCGAGUGGGCGAGAAUCGGAUCUUCGCCUUGAUGGAGAUUCGUCUCGAAUGCCGUAUAAGCUCAAACAGUUGUAACACCAACUGACGUGGACUAACACGUCCUGUUGUGUAUGAGAACCUUCCGCCAUCAAGACCUGUCCAGCGUGCAGCGAGACUUGCAAGGAGACUCC